UUCCAAUCCCCUCCAUAUCAUGUGAUUCAGGUGUUCCAAUCCCCUCCAUAUCAUGUGAUUCAGGUGUUCCAAUCCCCUCCAUGGACACAGGUGUAUACAAUCAAGCCCCUAGGCAUGCAGACUGCUUCUACAAACAUUGGUGAAAGAAUGGGUCGCUCUCAGGAGCUCAGUGACUCCAAGCGUGGUCCCGUGAUAGGUGGCCACCUGUGCAAUAAGUCCAUCCGUGACAUUUCCUGGCUACUAAAUAUUCCAUGCUCAACUGUUAGUGGGAUUAUAACAAAGUGGAAGCCACUGGGAACAACAGCCACUCAGCCACCAAGUGGUAGGCCACGUCACGUGACAGGGCGGGGUCAGCGCAUGCUGAAGCGCACAGUGCGCAGAAGUCGCCAACUGUCUGCAGAGUCAAUAGCUAAAGACCUCCAAACUUGGUGUGGCCUUCAGAUGAGCCCAACAACAGUGCGUAGAGAGCUUCCUGGAAUGGGAUUCCAUGGCCGAGCAGCUGCAUCCAAG